GCGCGGCCGGGGGGGAGGGCGCAACAGCUGCUGCGAGCACUUUCUGCCCCAACAGUCCCCCCGCCGGACGCCGGCUGCCCGCCCGCCCGCGCAGGGACCCCGCGCCUGCACUGUCCCCGCGCGGACGAGUAGGGGGCGCCCGCGCCGCUCCCUCGCCCCCGCGCCGGAGAUUUUGGAAAUCCCUUGUCUUCACAUUGCUGGGAUCAACGUCUUGCUCAACUGAGCCACUCACCCAGUGGAGAUGGACAGGACUGUUGCCCUCAUGCUGACUCACGUCUGAAUCACGGCCCAGGGCAGCCUGGAUGCCUUGUUUGUGCAAAAAGCCAUCUCCAUCGCUGAGCUUACCCAAGCUCUGGAAUAUACAUAUCCCUCUAACUUACAGUUGCUCUGAUUUUGACGCCCGGGGCUCCUGGAGGUUUGAGUGGUAAUAUCACACAAGUGGCCUUAUUCUAACUCCAGAGAUCCUCAGCAGACAGCUGGAUUGUCAGUCCUGUCAGACCCUGAAGUAGCUGGCAGCAUGCCUACACAAUCCCUCCUCGUGUACAUGGACGGGCCGGAAGUCCUUGGCAGCUCUCUAGGUACCCAGAUGGAGGUGGAUGAUGCUGUGCCCAUAAAAGGGCCGGCUGCAGUCCCCUUCCGAGCUGCUCAGGAGAGGAGCAUGGCAGCAGCAGAGGGCCACAUGCCCCUGGAUUGCAUGUUCUGCAGCCAGGUCUUCUCUCAGGCAGAGGAUCUCAACCAGCAUGUGCUAGUGCAGCAUCGGCCCAUCCUCUGCGAGCCAGCUGUUCUGCGAGUGGAGGCCGAGUACCUCAGUCCCCUUGAUAAAGGUCAGGUGCCAACAGAGCCACCGAAGGAGAAGAGUAGCAAAGACACGGAGGAGUUGAGCUGCGAUGUGUGUGGGCAGACAUUCCCAGUGGCUUUUGAUGUUGAGAGCCACAUGAAGAAACAUAAGGACUCCUUCACGUAUGGGUGCAGCAUGUGCGGGAGGAGAUUCAAGGAGCCGUGGUUCCUGAAGAACCACAUGCGCACACACAACGGCAAGUCUGGCACCAGGAGCAAGCUGCAGCAAGGCAUGGAGAGUCCAGCCACCAUCAAUGAAGUGGUGCAGGCACACGCACCCGGGACUUUCUCCUCUCCCUACAAGAUCUGCAUGGUCUGUGGCUUCCUCUUCCCAAACAAGCAGAGCCUCAUUGAGCACAGCAAGGUUCAUGCCAAAGAAACUGUCCCCAGUGCCAGCAACAUAGCCCCUGAUGCCCACCAAGAGGAACCCACAUCCCCGAGGGAAGAACUACUGCAUUUUUUGAACUUGAGACCCAGAUCAACUGCAGAUAGUACAGUGAAGCCCGUGACCUGUAUACCUCAGCUUGACCCUUUCACCACCUACCAGGCAUGGCAGUUGGCUACCAAAGGAAAAGUGGCCAUUGCCCAAGAAGAGGUGAAAGAGGCAGGCCAAGAAGGAAGCACGGACAAUGAUGACUCAUGUUCAGAGAAAGAGGAACUAGGAGAAAUAUGGGCUGGGGGUAAGGCGGAAGGUUCUGGAAAGUCCAAAACAAGUAGAAACAGUUGUCCAGGUCUCUCUCAAGACAAAGAGAAGCCUAGACAUGCUAAUAGUGAAGUGCCUUCUGGGGACGAUCCCAAGUUGCCCAGUAGCAAGGAGAAGCCCACACACUGUUCUGAGUGCAGCAAAGCCUUCAGGACAUACCACCAGCUGGUCCUGCACUCCAGGGUGCACAGGAAGGACAGGAGGGCUGAUGCCCUAUCACCCACCAUGGCUGUGGAUGCAAGGCAGCCUGGGACCUGCUCCCCAGACCUCAGCACCACUCUGGAGGAUGGUGGGGCCGGGGACCGUGAAGGGGGCUCUGAAGAUGGAUCUGAGGAUGGGCUCCCUGAAGGGCUCAAUUUGGAUAAAAAUGAUGAUGGAGGAAAAGCAAAGCCCCCCCCGUCCUCGAGAGAGUGUAGUUACUGUGGGAAGUUUUUCCGUUCAAACUAUUACCUCAAUAUUCAUCUCAGAACGCAUACAGGUGAAAAACCAUACAAAUGUGAAUUCUGUGAGUAUGCUGCAGCCCAGAAGACAUCUCUGAGGUACCACUUGGAGAGACACCACAAAGAUAAGCAGCCGGUGGACGCCACCGCUGCUGAGUCCAAAAGCGAAGGCCGGAGCCAGGAUCCGCAGGACACGCUACUAACGGCUGACAGUGCGCAGACCAAAAAUUUAAAGAGAUUUCUUGAUGGUGCCAAAGAUGUUAAGGGAAGCCCAGCUGCCAAGCAGCUUAAGGAGAUGCCUUCUGUCUUUCAGAGUGUUCUCCCACCAGCACACAGCAACGAUACUCAGGAUUUCCAUAGAAAUGCAGCUGAUAGUGCCGAGAAAGUGCGGAAGAGUCCUGCCCCUGCUUAUCUGGACAUGCAGAAAAAGAAAGCAGGGGAGCCUCGGGCCAGCAGCCCUGCCUGCAGACCCGAGGGGGCUGGGCCCUUAGCCUGGGAGAAGACGGAGCGGGAGGCCGACUACAGACACAAGCCUGGUGCUGACUGCCAGGAGAGGCCUUUGAAUCUAUCCCUGGGGGCGCUCCAUGCCUGUCCUGCAAUCUCUUUGAGCAAGUGUCUCAUCCCCAGCAUUGCCUGCCCCUUUUGUACUUUUAAGACCUUUUAUCCAGAAGUCCUUAUGAUGCACCAGAGACUUGAGCACAGGUACAACCCCGACACGCACAAGAAUGGCAGCAGCAAGUCUGUGCUGAGGAACAGGCGCACAGGGUGCCCUCCUGCCCUGCUGGGAAAGGACGUGCCGCCCUUGUCCGGCCUGCACAAGCCCAAGGCCAAGACCGCCUUUUCAUCACAGGCUAAGUCCCUACACUCAGAGAAGGUUCGGCAGGGACCCUCAGGGCCAAGCAAAGCUCCCCAGACUUCAGGACCGGACAACAGCACUUUAGCCCCAAGUAACCUGAAGUCACACAGGUCACAACCCAGUGCUGGGGGCCUCAGUGCCACCAAGCAGCAGCAGUCAGAGCUGUUUCCCAAAGGCGGUGCCCCUGCUGUUGUGGAGAAGGGGAAAAGACCGGAGCCCAAACUGAAGGCCCUGCCGGCUCCCACCCCGUCCCCGCUCAGCAGCAGCAGUAACGGUUCUAUUGAGUAUCCCCUGAAGGUUGAUGGCCCAUGGGCACAGCAAGGGAGAGACUACUACUGCCAUCGGAAUGCUGGCAGUGCCUCAGCAGAGUACAGUGAGCCCCAUCCCAAAAGACUCAAGUCCACCGUGGUGUCCCUGGACACAGAGCAUCCUGGGCCCAAUGGCAGAAGGGGCUUUGAGCUCCCCAAGUACCAUGUAGUCAGGAGCAUCAACUCUUUGUUACCACCAGAGUGUGUGUGCCCACCACCUGUGCUGCCCCCCAAAGCCCGUUUCCUGAGCCCUGGGGAGGUGGAGUCGCCCAGUGUGCUGACCGUGCAGAAGCCCUGCAGCGCCUCUGGACCCCUGUGGACCUGUGGACCUGUGGGACACACAGGAGCCAGCCCAGCCCUUGAAGGAAAGAGGCCCGUGUCCUAUCAGCACCUGUCUAACAGCAUGCUGCAGAAGAGGAGCUAUGAGAAUUUUAUUGGCAGUACACAUUAUCGACCAAACGACAAAACAUCUUGAGUUGUGAUUCUUGGGAAACGAUCCCUGGAUGCAAGUACACACUUUCCACGGAAUCACAUGUUGGUUCAUCUUCUGAGAGCACACGAUGAUAGCUACUGAACAAGCUGUGACUGAAUUGUACAUAGACCUGAGAGGAGCGGAGAAGGAACACUACAUUCUCUACAGUUCUGUUACCUUUGUACCAAAUAGCAAUAAAACUAGUGGGAGCAGUGGGCCGCGCGCCAGGGGCACUGAAAUCUAUUUUGUCCCUAAAUAUUUUUUUAAAGAAUUGACCAAAUAAGUUUUUUUGCAUACUUGAGCGCUGCUGAAAAGAAAUCAUUUGGGGUGGGGUGGGUGGGGUGGGGAAUGUUGUAAAGCUUGCACCUCAGGUAACUGUAAAUACCGACAUGGUAAACUUGCUUAAGUACUGUGUGUCUCUCCCUCAUGGAGCUCAAUGAUUUGAGCAUUUUCUGCUUCUUUAUGCUUUUCAUUUAAAACAUGUUUUAAAGCCUAUUCUCACUGAGUCUCUUGGUUGUCUUCACAUUGCUGAUGAAGCGCUGACACUCAGAAGAUGCCUGUGCAUCCUGAGGUCAGCAGGCACUACCCUGGCACCUUUUAGUACAGCUGCUGGAGCUGGUGUGUGCAGGCUGUCCGGGACCGGCACGCGGCCCUGGGCACAGUGCGCUGCCUAUGAGCGGGUGUUGAUUACAGAGCGGCUUUCUCUGUAGAGUGGCCGAUGUCACGGAGAGCCAGGCUCCGUGGGGAGCUAGCUAAGUUCUUUUCUUUUGAAAGAUUUGGUGUCUCGGAGAGUUGCCUGAGUUAAGUCUAGAUAAAUAUACCACAUCUCCUUGUGUGAAUUGCACGCUUGGAAGCAAUUUUAAAGGGAGUGGAAAGUUUGGGGAAAUAUUUUAGUUUGUAUUUGGAGUCUUGAUGUGUCUGGUGUUUGAGGCGUGGACACCUUGAGUCUGGGUGAGGAACUGCUGCCUGAGCCUCCUUGAGAGGCAGGGAGAGAAGACACCGGAGUCUCUCCAUGGUUUGUUUCAGGGUGAUUUCCUCCGUGCACAGGCAGCUCGGCAUGGAGGGAGGACAGCCACCAGCUAGCUCACUCAGCAUUUUAAACUUGAGUUCUUUUGAUAUCUGAGUUUAUCCAGCAGUUCAUGGGUUUAGCAAACCCAAAAUAUUUUAUUAAGAAACUGUUUCAAAAAUAAAUUUGCACUGCUCCUCUUUCUUGCUCUCUACCCCUCUCAAUGGGACAAAAGGGUGAAGAGCUCAAAGACUUCCCCCACCCUCCUUGUGUACCAUGAAGGGUCCUUGGGAGUCAACUUACCUCCUGUGUUGAGAUGUGUCUGCUCUUGUAGAAAGUGCUUUUGUAUCAGGAACAUGUACACUAGGCCCUGUUCCCGUCCACAAGCUGAGCCAUAUGUACAUAAUCUAGACUGUUUCUUAGGUCUGCACUUUUAUAGCCCGUCUUUGAAGAUUAACACAUUUGCAAAGUGAUUGAUGCCGUCUUUGCCUAAAUGCAGUGAGUGUACAGGAAGCUUGCUCUCGGAGACAGUACAUGUAAAUCUGGAGGGGUCAUAUACAACAGGGGCCAAAAAUCACCAAAUCUAUUAGAAAACAAUGUGUGUAAUGCUGAAAUUUGGGGGGCUUUCAGAUUUCUCUAGCUAUGUUUUCUGAAUGCAUGAGAAUUCCAGGGUUUCUUCUUCUUUAAGCAGCCCUUUGUGCUUCAGUAUGUUCUUGUCAUCAGUAUUAACUCUGGGAUAACUGGCUGUGUGUCCUUCCCUAUGAGGCAGCAGUACAUGUGAGGAGAGGUACAUGCGUUGGAUUUUUGCUAAUGUAUUUAUUUCAUUCCAGUUUGAUUUAUUUUAAUUGUUGAUACUUAAGUUGUCAGUAGACAUGCUUUAUUUAUGAUAUAUUUCAGCUUAAAGUUAUGUUAUUAUAUGUGGAUGUAAAUAUAGAUUUGGUGUUUUACA